UGCCUUUAGCUUAACGAUAACACGGAUAAGGAGGACUAAUAGUUUUGGAAACAUGAAUGCUUUGAGGAUAGUUUGUUUGGCUGCCGUAUUACUGGCAGCAGGAUCAGCCAAUGGAAAUCUUCUUAAUAAGUUGAGACCUUCUCAAUGGCUUUCCGCACAACAACUGGAGCAACUUCCCUCGAUAGCAGAUAUCACUCUGCAAAAAUUGGAAAGCAUGUCAGUGGAAAAGGGUGUUGAAUUGAUGGAAAAAAUUUAUCACUUAUCCCAAAUCAAUAACGAAUUGGAUCCCAGCUAUGUGCCUAGCCCCAGCAAUGUUCCCUGUUAUGUCGUUAAGCCUAAUGGCAAAAAGAUCGCCACUACUUUGGACAAAUUGGCCUCGACUUGCAAGCAAAUACCAGAAUUUGGUGAUGAGGAAGUAACCAUUUUCAUUACCGGUUUACCCGCCACCACUGAAACCGUCAAGAAGGCCAAUCGUAAAUUGAUCAAUGCUUAUCUACAACGCUAUAAUCUCAGAAGACAACAACCUCAACAGUUUGAAUAUUCUGGAGAGAAAAUGUCGCGCACUUCUAGUGAGGAAGAAUCCAACGAAUGGGAAAAACAACAACCCUCUACCGGCGAUUUGGUGAUUAUUGAUUUGGGCGAUCAAUUGAACAGCUUCAAACGUUUUGCUAUGUUGGAUGUUAAGCAAACUGGUGCUAUGGUUGCCUCCGCUCUCUUGGAUAUUACUGAAAAGUGUGAUGUUCCUGAUGAAACCAUUCAUAUUGUUGCUCAAGGUAUUGCUGCCCAUGUUGCUGGUGCCGCUGGUAAUGAAUACACCCGUGAAACUGGUCGUCAAUUGAGACGUAUCACUGCCUUGGAUCCCUCUAAAGUUUUGGCCAAAAAUCCCAACUCUUUAACUGGUUUAUCUCGUGGUGAUGCUGAAUUUGUUGAUGCCAUCCACACCAAUUCCUACGGUAUGGGUACUGUGCAACGUGUUGGUGAUAUUGAUUUCUAUCCUAAUGGUCCUUCGGCUGCUGUCCCCGGUGCUCAAAGUAUCGUAGAAGCCAGUAUGCGUGCCACACGUUAUUUCGCCGAAACUGUUGUUCCAGGCAAUGAACGUAACUUCCCCGCUGUUGCCGCCAACUCUUUGAAGGAAUACAAAAACAAUGAAGGUUUCGGUAAACGUGCCUAUAUGGGUAUUAAUGUCGACUACGAUUUGGAAGGUGAUUAUAUUUUGGAAGUCAAUUCUAAGAGUCCCUUCGGUAAGAGAGCUGCCGCCCAAAAACAAAAUAACUAUCAUGGUAAUCACAGCUCUUCAAGAAAGAAGGACACUUAUUAAGAUGCUUGUUGAUUUUCUAAAUUGAACUGACUUUUGAAUUAGCUAAACUGCUUAUGAUUCUUAUGUUUAUAAUUUUCAAA